UUUUUAAAAAGCUUGUUGAUUUGCAUUACUAAUCACAAAUUGUUAGCUCUGCCUGUUUCCUGUUAAUGUGUUCACUCAAGUCUUAUCAUUCGAAAAGUUUCCUUAUGGCUUUUUUUUCUGGUAUCCGUCUUCUUAAUUCAAAGAGAAUUGUACUUUUAGUUCAUACUUGUUUAUAAAAAUACAGGAUGGAAGUACACCUCCGGAAUUGAAACUGCAGUCAUAUCAGUGCUAUUUAUUCUGAGUCAAACAGACUCAGGAUAUUUAUUAGCCUUUGACACUGAGCCUACAUUCUUUCUGUUAAAUGAUGCCCUUGUUGGCUCACCCUUGUACCAGUAUAGUACUGUCCUUCAAGGGACGAUCUCGAACUGUUCUCUCAUAUAACUUUGUUACCUAAUAAUAAUAUUCUUUACAAUUUAGUGUUGUCUCUCAAAGCAAAGCGACGACAGGGGGUGGCUUAGUCACUAUUAACCAGAACAAAUAGUCUUUGUUUUAAUACCUUUUGACUCCACCUCUACUUGUUUAUAUGAGUUGCAUACCGUACGUCAUGUCUGAGUCUGAAAAUCACACCAAACACAUUUUUCCUCAAGUAACUCAGAGUUCAGACCUCAUUGAUAAGAAAACAGGAAAACACGCUCCUGCCUUUUAUGGACUGUCGUUUAAUAUUUAACAGUGUCCAACCUUCUGUGUGGAAAUCUUGACUAAAAUCCAGUUAGAUCAUCUGCUUAACAAUUUACCGACGGGUAUGUACUGGUCUGGUUCACAGAAAUUGUGGAACUACAAAUGAAGAGGGAUGUUGCAUUGAUUUGGAGUUCUGAAAGUUCUCAGUGGAAACUAGUAACUAGUAGUGUGUUGCAUGAUCUGCUCGUACAUCAGAUAUUGCAAAUAGUGUUAAAUACAGGUGUGAUCUAAAAUAAAAAUGGAUAUGGAAUUGAGCAAGUGUGCUGAAUACUUCAACCAUGAAGUUGUGGGAGAGUUUGAGCCCAACAUGGCCAUCAAGAUCACCAUGACUGUACUCUAUGCUCUCAUUUUGUUGACUGGGAUCAUUGGGAACAGCAUUACUAUUAAAGUUACACAGGUGCUACUGAAGAAUGGUUACCUUCAGAAGAAUGUCACUGACCAUAUGGUAAGUUUGGCAUGCUCCGAUCUAUUGGUCCUGCUUCUUGGCAUGCCUGUUGAGCUUUACAGCGUUAUAUGGUACCCAUUCACAUCGGCUUCGGGGAACGCAAGCUGCAAAAUAUAUAACUUUCUUUUUGAAGCCUGUAGUUACGCCACCAUACUGAAUGUUGCGACUCUGAGCUUUGAAAGGUACAUUGCCAUCUGCCACCCUUUCAAGUACAAAUCCUUCUCAGGGUCCAGGACGGUCAAGCUCAUAUGCUUUGUCUGGCUCACAUCAGUCUGUGUGGCUCUGCCUCUGCUUUUCGCAAUGGGCAUUGAAGAUCCCUUGGAGCCCUUUAAAAAACCUUCUGAUUUACCUGCAGAGAAGGACCUCGUCACUGAAAAUCCCUGCAUCAAAAAGUCGAAUUUUACCAUCUGUACCAACCUGAGCUCCAUGUGGCCAGUAUACCAGUCCAGCAUUUUCAGCGCUUUCAUCAUGUAUAUUGUGGUCUUGGUCUCUGUCACCUUCAUGUGCAGAAAGAUGACGAAGACACUGAAGGGCAAUAAGAGUGGAGAGAGAGACAUGGGGUUCCUACCCAAACACGAGAGCCCCAAAGCCAAAGCAUCCAGGAAGCAAACCAUCAUAUUUUUAGGGCUCAUCGUUGGGACCUUGGCAGGAUGCUGGAUGCCGAACCAAAUCCGAAGGAUCAUGAGCGCUGCAAGGCCCAAGACAGAAUGGACCAGGGCAUACUUCAGGGGAUACAUCACACUGCUGCCCAUUGCUGACACCUUCUUUUACCUCAGCUCAGUAGUGAACCCGUUCCUGUACAACCUCUCCUCCAGGCAGUUCAGAGAGGUUUUUCUGCAGGUGUUGCGCUGUCGCCUGACCAUCGAGCACAUCAACAAGAGGACGCUGUGGAGGCACAAGGACACCACUGUCCGCUCCGGGCGCCCGCUGAUGCUGGCAUCCUUUAGACGCAGCCUUUCCUCCCACAAGAAACCCAAGGAGAGUACAUUCAUCACCUUUCAGAGCUCCACCACUGAAACCAGCACAGCGAGUCUCAAUCCUAGCUCUCCUGUUGAAAGUCCAGAGCUGGUCAAAAGUGAACAAAUUGCAGAGGUGACACUACAGACAAUACCUAAAAAAAACGGCCUUUGUGAAAGUUCUGUCUGAGCCUCUAAAUAACGAUCACCGUUAUCAAAGAUUGAAAAGA